UUUUUUUAUCUCUAUGGUGCAGACGACUCUGUAUUUUAUUUUUUGAAACUUUAACUUUGAGGUUAUGUUCGAAUGUUUAUAGACUAGAGAACUACAAACACUAACGUCUAGUUAUUGUUUAGUCCUGCCCUGCUUAUUUGUUUUAGUUUAUUAGUCAACUUAUAUCGUUAACCCUAGUGUAUCAUGACUGAAAAUAAGGAGCCGGAAUUGCAAAGACCAACAGAUGAUGAAAUUAGAGAGAAACAAAAGUGGGGUUAUGAUCUCUAUCCCGAAAGAAAAGGAGGGUUUAAAGCCAGUUUAAGUCAAAUGAUGUUUGGCGAAGGACGUUUGGCUCAAGAGAAAACUCACUGCGAAAUAAAUGUAUACAACUGUUUUUUAAGAAGUAAGCUGGUCAAGCUGAUGGUUGGAGCAUUAAAAUCCUCCGGUUGUGAUGUGGACUUGAGAAGACAUUUUGCUUGUGAAUGGUGUGGUCCAGAGGUCAAUGGAGGCUAUGAUCCCUUAACAAAUCAGGUUGUUAUCUGUCAGAAUAGAACACGGAGUGAGAAGAUGGUUCAGGGUGUUUUGACACAUGAGAUGAUCCACAUGUUUGAUUAUUGUCGUCACAAACUGGACUUCAGGAAUUUAGAGCACCUCGCUUGUACAGAGAUCAGAGCAGCCAACCUGACACAUUGUGGGUUCAUAAGUGCGAUGAUUCAGGGUGACGCUAGUCCAUUCAAUAUCAGAGCUCAACACCAGGAGUGUGUUAAGUCCAAAGCUAUGUGGUCUGUGAUGGUGGCUCGAAAUGUUGGGAUGGAUGAAGCCAAAAAAGUUGUUGAUAAAGUCUUCCCCCACUGCUAUAAUGACUUGGAACCCAUCGGCAGACGAUGCAAGACACGGAGCGCUGACAUGAGUUAUGCCUACAGUGAUGGUUAUUUCUAUGGCUAUGUAGAUAUUGAUAGCUAAUUUCUUAUUCAUAUUUAUUAGAUUGUCUAGAAUAUAUGCUGUUAAAUGUUA